AGCACCACGAACAGCGGCGGCAGGAUGAACGGGCUCACAAUUGGACAGAACACAAUUCCAAUGAAGGACCACGACGCCAUCAAGCUGUUUAUCGGGCAGAUACCCAGAAACCUUGAGGAGAAAGAUCUGAAACCCCUGUUUGAGGAAUUCGGAAAGAUAUACGAACUCACCGUGCUGAAAGACAGGUUUACAGGAAUGCAUAAAGGAUGUGCCUUUUUAACAUACUGUGCCAGAGAGUCAGCACUGAAGGCUCAGAGCGCCCUCCACGAACAGAAAACUCUGCCAGGGAUGAACCGUCCCAUCCAGGUGAAGCCGGCCGACAGUGAAGGACGAGGAGAAGACAGGAAGCUGUUUGUGGGGAUGCUGGGGAAGCAGCAGAGUGAGGAGGAUGUGCGGCGACUCUUCGAGACCUUCGGCCAGAUCGAGGAAUGCACUGUCCUCAGAGGGCCUGAUGGGGCCAGUAAGGGCUGCGCCUUUGUCAAGUUCUCCAGCCACGCGGAAGCACAGGCCGCCAUCAACAGCCUCCACGGUGGACAGACCAUGCCAGGGGCAUCCUCCAGUCUGGUGGUGAAGUUUGCCGACACGGAUAAAGAGAGGACCCUCCGCAGGAUGCAUCAGAUGGCCGGCCAGCUGGGAAUCUUCAGCCCCAUGACCAUCCAGUUUGGCCCCUACGGCGCAUACACUCACGCUAUGAUGCAGCAGCAGGCGGCGCUCAUGGCUGCCACCCAAGGCUCUUACUUGAAUCCCAUGGCAGCCAUCGCUGCCGCCCAGAUGCAGCAAAUGGCAGCUUUCAACGUCAACGGUCUGGUCGCCGCACCCAUGACGCCUUCCUCAGGCACCAGCACACCCCCGGGCAUCAGUGCCACGGCAGUGCCCAGCAUCGCAGCGCCCAUCGGGGUGAACGGCUUCAGUGCCCUGCCUCCCCAGAGCAACGGCCAGCCCGCCUCAGAGCCCAUUUACACCAAUGGGAUUCACCCUUACCCAGCACAGAGCCCGACAGUGACAGACCCACUCCAGCAAGCCUAUGCGGGUGUGCAGCACUAUGCAGCAGCCUACCCUGCCGCCUAUGCUCCAAUCAGUCAAGCGUUCCCACAGCAACCAGCCAUCAUUCCCCAGCAACAGCGAGAAGGGCCCGAGGGUUGUAAUCUGUUCAUUUAUCAUCUGCCCCAGGAGUUUGGAGACACGGAGCUAAUGCAAAUGUUCCUUCCCUUCGGCAACGUCAUCUCCGCCAAAGUCUUUGUGGAUCGGGCCACCAAUCAGAGCAAGUGUUUCGGCUUUGUCAGCUUUGAUAACCCAUCCAGUGCUCAGGCCGCUAUUCAGGCAAUGAAUGGAUUUCAGAUCGGCAUGAAAAGGCUCAAAGUCCAGCUGAAGCGGCCAAAGGACGCCAACCGACCUUACUGA